ACCAACGACUCUCAAGCCGGCUACUCACGUCUUCUUCUUCUUCUUCUUCUUCCACCUUUCAUUGAAGCAAGUUCUUUGAUUUUGCGCGCGAUGCGACACAGGCCUCACGAGGAUAAGAAGGCGACAAUCAAAAAUCAAAGCAAAGUUCUACAAAGACGACGUCGAGACCGCCAGCUCGGUCGAACCCCUCAGCAGUCAUCGUCACGCGAGACCCCGCCCACGCAAAACACGCUUCUCCUCAAACUUCCUGCCGAAUUGCUGUGCGAAAUAGCAGGAUGUCUUCAGCUUAACGAUCACAAUGCGCUAUGCCAAACAUGCAAUAUACCUCUGCCAGACACUCACACGUCAACUAUAUCAGUGCGGCGGUACGAAAUUAGCAAAGGCUAUUCCAGAGAAGAACGGUGUACAUGCUGUCUCUGCAUGGAUAAGAUCUGGAGCUAAAAAGGGCACUGUGCUUUAUGGUUUCACUGCAUUAACUCGUGUUUCUAUAUGUUCAGACGUAAAUAUCAUUGACAUGGUACUUGCAACAGACGGAGAUAUCGAAAGUGUAGUCGAAAGCAAUGGUCGCACACCAUUAUCGUAUGCUGCGGAAUAUGGAGAACUGCAGAAUGUUAAGAGAUUGGUUGAGGCUGGUUGUUCUACGAAUGUAGCCGCCAACAACGGAGAAACACCGUUGUCUCUAGCGGUAACGAAUGGGCACCUAGAUACAGUCAAAUACUUACUUAUUCAAGGCGUUAAGUUGAAACUUGACGGAUUACUUCAAAGUAAAAUAAGCGGCAACGAUAAGAUGGUCAAACUGUUAAGGAGACAUGGAGUGCGGUAAAGAAGCUGAAAUAGAUAGUGUACGAUACUUAGUAGGGGCAACAAUAACCGAACAUAGCGUGGAUAUCCCAAUGUUUGCUCUACAGAUGAGCGAGGCUGAGAAGCUUUGUGCGGGGAGGAGAGAUCCAGAUACGGUGGGCACGUAAUAUACCGGAAACAGUUCAGUUUCCACUUAUUGUUUCUUCAGACCAACCCAAUAUGU